AUGAACUUUCUCCAGGUGCCGAUCUUUAGCCUAGUGCCCCAAGUCGACAGCAAGUUCGUCUGGCUGACAAUCAAAGGAUGGCUCGGUCCAAGAAGCCGAACCGUGCAUAUGGAAGAAACAAACCCUGCGCGCAACCCAUUUAAAAGGGGGGAAAAAAAGAAGCGGCCUGGGCAGCUGGGAGGGAGAAACCCUCUGAAGUGCCCGGGGGGCCGUGUCCAGCGCACAAGGCUGCAGCAGGGAAGCCAUCCGCGGGGACCGCGCGUUCCGGGGACUCCUCAGGGAGCUGGGAAGAGAGCGAGUGCUCCGCCCGCCGGGUGCGCACGCCCGAGAAGGGACGGCUUCCAAGCGCCCUCCGCGCUCGCCUCCAACGCUCCCAAAAGCAAACAAAAAGCCAGGCCGGGCCGGGUCGGGCAGGGCGUGGGCUCCCGCGUCUCGGGCCUCCGGGGCCGCCCGUGGCACCCUGCCCUGGGCCCCGGAGGCGGCAGCUGGGCGCCCCGGCACUUCCCGGGGGGCGGAUGGCUCGCGUCCUCCUCCCGGGAUCCACCUCCUCCCACCCCUCCUCCUGCCCCUCCCCUCCCCCGGAGACGCCCGGGGCCGAAGCCAGUCACCGGGUCCCGGAGGGGGGAGGCCAGCCAGGGAGGCCGCCUAGACGCCCGGACACCCCGAGGAUCCUGCGAGCGCUCUUCCCGGGAGCGAUGGCUCGGGGGCGCGGGGACAGGGCGGGGGCAGGGGGAUGGUGGCCCCUUUCUGCAGCGGGCGGGACACGACGUGGGGCUUCCAGAUAAGGGAGUGUCCCCUCCCGCCCCGCUGCAAGGUGGCUUCCCCGGGGGCGCAGGGACCGUCUGCCACCGGUCUUGCGCUCAGGGCUCGGCUUGGAGCUGCAAGGGCGACUUAAGCGCGCUAGCGGGUCUGAGCGGCGGCGGUGCUGGAUGCGCGCUCGGCCCCCUGCGGCUGCCGGCCCCAGCCCCGCCGCCGCCGUCGCACACCCGGCUCCCGGGCCUGCUGGACUCAGACCCGGGGGCCGGUGCGCGCCGCCCCGCCCCGCCCCGCCUCCCAACAUAUCCCGCUGCAAACCACCCAAUCCUGAGGCGCCGGGAGGGACGCGGGCCAAUCCGGGGCUCCCGGCUCCUGCGCCCUCCGCCCCCCCUCUCGGCUUCCCCGUCCCGCCCAGCCCCCUCUCGGGAGGUGGCUCUCCAGCUCAGAUGCCGGAAAACCUGCGGCGGCGGUUGUCACCUGGACACCCUGGUCCCCCGCUUGCGCACCCCUCCUCUCUGCCCCCAUCCUCCCGCUGGUGCUGCUGAGGGUCAUUUGCAUCCUCACUUCGCCAUGGCAUUGCUAGCUGCUGUGUCUGAUCAGCUGUCACCACCACCCUGA